GGUGCGGCUAUUACUAACUAUAAAGGAAAUAAAUAGAGUUUGGAUGCAGUGGAUGGGUGCAACUGUAUGAGACUCGACUCGGGUAAUGGUCUAGGGGAUCGAGCUUUUGGCGACACAGCUAGUAGGCACCGCUUGCUAGCUGAGAAGCUAAGUUUCUAAAGUAAAGAAAGAAGACGGCAGCAAAACAGGGGCUUGGGCUUCUUACACACACUUAUGCGACUGAUAUCAGGUAGUGAGUGAUGGAGAUUAGAGAAUUGUGUGUGGUGACUGGAAGCUUUGUGACUUUCCAGCUGCUCUUCUCUGGAGUCAGUCCGGUGCUCUCCUCCACGUUUACGCAGGGCUAUAGCCGUCUGCCUCCAACCAAACUCAAUGAGUGGAACUCCAGGUUGGUGUCCACUAUCCACGCGCUGAUAGUGGGACUCUUCUGUCUCUACAUCCUGUGGUACGAUGAUGCAGUGAAUGAAGACCCAGUCUGGGGAGACCCAAACCUAGUGAAGCUCAAUGUGGCCAUCACGUGUGGGUACCUUCUCUAUGACCUGUUGCUGCUGGCCCUGAACUGGAGCACGAUGGGAGACGGCUUUUUCGUGUGUCACCACUUGGCGGCGCUUUACGCAUAUGGAUAUGUGCUGACUUACGGACUGCUUCCAUACUUUGCAAAUUUCCGCCUCAUUUCAGAGUUAUCAACACCAUUUGUCAACCAGAGGUGGUUUUUUGAGGCCCUGUCCUAUCCACGUUCACACCACUUAGUGGUGGCCAACGGUGUUGCCAUGGCGAUAGUGUUUUUCCUGGUUCGCAUUGCGGUCAUGCCGCCAUACUGGGCGCGGGUGUUUGCCACUUUCGGCACUCCAGAGUUCGAGCGGCUGGGUUUGAGCGCUCAGGUCGCCUGGAUUGUCUCCUGUGUGUGUCUAGACGUCCUCAAUACCGUCUGGAUGUACAAAAUCGCACGAGGCUGCUACAAAGUCAUUACCGGCAAAGGACACAAGCCGAAAGGGGCCAAGUCGUCCAACCACACCAACAACCACACAGACUGAGCCCAGCUGAGGGACGGAGGAGCGGGGACGCAGAGGGGGUGACCCAGGGCAUUGUGACUGAGGUGGAGGAAAGCAUUUACCGCGAUUAAGGAAACACAACCACUUCACGGUGGCAUUACUGUCCCUUACACAUUCACACGCUCACGCGCUCCUGGAGAUCAGGACGAUGCCGAGCCAGUUCAGUUGUUUGUGUGUGUGUGUGUGUGUGUGUGUGUGUGUAAGAUAUGACUGUAAAGGUUAUUUUUGGUCUCUCAGAUACUUGGAUGCCCUGUAUGACAAUAGAAGAGAGACAAUAGAAUUUUUUUUUUUUUUUUGUUGGUCCAGUCUCUACUCAAGCACACUGAAAGCACAGUCCAGUGAAGUGCCUGAAACACAGUCAGAAGCAAUAGAACAGGGACAGAUAUCCAAAGCAAUGGUACCAUUUUUCCCCAUCCCAUCCCAACCCCCCCUAGGGAGGCCCUCCCCAUUUUCCCCUGUCAGUCACCCUUCACAUGCCCUGUGCGCUCUAACAUAGCCAUAGCUAAUGGACUUCCUGUGUUGAGAUAGCGACCAUGUGACUUCGCUGACACCAUGGUGCCUUUGAAUUUGGAGAACAGCCCUUAAGCCCCUUGUGCUUUAGGCCCCUCCCCUUUCAGCCAUGACUUCUCUCAGCCCCUCCCCCUUUCAGCUGCAUCUCAUUUCAGCCCAUCACCUUUGGUGAUUUCUGCUUUUGGUUUGUCCUCCUUCAGCUCCUCUCCCUCUCUC